AUGGUGAUUUAUGGGCCUUCUAGCAGCUCCAUGCGUUACAGACCUUCUAGUAGCUCCAUGAUUUACAGGCCGUCUAGCAGCUCCAUGAGUUACAGGCCUUCUAGCAGCUCCAUGAGUUACAGGCCUUCUAGCAGCUCCAUGAGUUACAGGCCUUCUAGCAGCUCCAUGAGUUACAGGCCUUCUAACAGCUCCAUGAGUUACAGGCCUUCUAGCAGCUCCAUGAGUUACAGGCCUUCUAGCAGCUCCAUGAGUUACAGGCCUUCUAGCAGCUCCAUGAGUUACAGGCCUUCUAGCAGCUCCAUGAGUUACAGGCCUUCUAGCAGCUGCAUGAGUUACAGGCCUUCUAGCAGCUCCAUGAGUUACAGGCCUUCUAGCAGCUCCAUGAGUUACAGGCCUUCUAGCAGCUCCAUGAGUUACAGGCCUUCUAGCAGCUCCAUGAGUUACAGGCCUUCUAACAGCUCCAUGAGUUACAGGCCUUCUAGCAGCUCCAUGAGUUACAGGCCUUCUAGCAGCUCCGUGAGUUACAGGCCGUCUAGCAGCUCCAUGAGUUACAGGCCGUCUAGCAGCUCCGCCUUCGACCGCGGCUCCACCAGGACGCCAGGCCUUCUACCGGGUCUCCACCAGGACGCCAGGCCGUCUACCGCGUCUCCACCAGGACGCCAGGCCGUCUACCAGGUCUCCACCAGGACGCCAGGCCGUCUACCGGGUCUCCACCAGGACGCCAGGCCGUCUACCGGGUCUCCACCAGGACGCCAGGCCUUCUACCGCGUCUCCACCAGGACGCCAGGCCGUCUACCGGGUCUCCACCAGGACGCCAGGCCGUCUACCGGGUCUCCACCAGGACGCCAGGCCUUCUACCGCGUCUCCACCAGGACGCCAGGCCGUCUACCGGGUCUCCACCAGGACGCCAGGCCGUCUACCGGGUCUCCACCAGGACGCCAGGCCGUCUACCGGGUCUACACCAGGACGCCAGGCCGUCUACUAGGUCUCCACCAGGACGCCAGGCCGUCUACCAGGUCUCCACCAGGACGCCAGGCCGUCUACCAGGUCUCCACCAGGACGCCAGGCCGUCUACCAGGUCUCCACCAGGACGCCAGGCCGUCUACCCCGUCUCCACCAGGACGCCAGGCCGUCUACCGGGUCUCCACCAGGACGCCAGGCCGUCUACCGGGUCUCCACCAGGACGCCAGGCCGUCUACCGGGUCUCCACCAGGACGCCAGGCCGUCUACCGGGUCUCCACCAGGACGCCAGGCCGUCUACCGCGUCUCCACCAGGACGCCAGGCCGUCUACCAGGUCUCCACCAGGACGCCAGGCCGUCUACCGGGUCUCCACCAGGACGCCAGGCCGUCUACCGCGUCUCCACCAGGACACCAGGCCGUCUACCAGGUCUCCACCAGGACGCCAGGCCGUCUACCCCGUCUCCACCAGGACGCCAGGCCGUCUACCCCGUCUACACCAGGACGCCAGGCCGUCUACCGGGUCUCCACCAGGACGCCAGGCCGUCUACCCCGUCUCCACCAGGACGCCAGGCCGUCUACCGGGUCUCCACCAGGACGCCAGGCCGUCUACCGGGUCUCCACCAGGACGCCAGGCCGUCUACCGGGUCUCCACCAGGACGCCAGGCCGUCUACCGGGUCUCCACCAGGACGCAAGGCCGUCUACCGGGUCUCCACCAGGACGCCAGGCCGUCUACCGGGUCUCCACCAGGACGCCAGGCCGUCUACCGGGUCUCCACCAGGACGCCAGGCCGUCUACCGGGUCUCCACCAGGACGCAAGGCCGUCUACCAGGUCUCCACCAGGACGCCAGGCCGUCUACCGGGUCUCCACCAGGACGCCAGGCCGUCUACCGGGUCUCCACCAGGACGCCAGGCCGUCUACCAGCCUCUCCAUACCAUCCAGCUGUCUCUGACUUCAUGA